AUGCCCCAUGUCACAAUGACUAUCGAAAACCAAUACGAUGUUAUUAUAAUUGGGGCCGGUCCAGCGGGGCUAAUGGCAGCUACCUGGCUCUCCCAAGCAGGCGUCAAGACUCUGGUUGUUGAGAGGGAUCAAUUUCGCACCCAGGCUGGACACGCUGACGGUCUCGAGGGUAGAACUCUUGAGAUCUUGGACAGCUUUAAAAUUGGCGAUGCAGUCUGUUCGGAGUCCAACCCCACCAUUGAAGUCUGUCUGUGGACCGACUCGCACGACGGGAUCCACAGGGAAAGUAUGGCAUUAAACCAUAAUCCCGGGCUCUCUAGAUUCCAGGAAUGCACGCUUGGUCAGGGCCGAAUCGAAGAGCAUCUUCUUAGCUUCAUCAAGAACCAUGGGGAUGUAAAGGUUAAAUGGGGCACCGUUCCAACAUCAAUUCACAUUAACGAAAGCCGUGUCCAAAGCAGUAACGGUAACCCGGUUGAAGUUAAAUUGAAAGAAUGGCGCGGUGAGAUUGGUCAAUACAAUGGGCUAGAGGCCGAGAUAGAGUCCGUCUUUCAGACAAAAUAUGUCAUCGGUUGCGAUGGGGCCAAGAGUUGGGUCCGGAAGCAUUUCGGCCUCUCCCUCGAAGGCGAAUCUUCAGAUGAGCAUUGGGGGGUGCUUGAUUGCAUCCCCGUUACAGACUUUCCUGAUAUUCGCAAACGAUGUAUCAUCAAGUCGAGGGCAGGGAAUCUAAUGAUCAUUCCCCGAGAGAAUCGACUAGUGCGGUUUUAUAUCCAGUUAUCGCCAACAAUGGCUGCAAAAUUCAGGAGCAACUAUCACCCUGCUGCUCUAGUUAUAGUUGCUAAGGCCAUUAUGCAACCUUACAUGUUUGAGGCGGCAAACCUUCAGUGGUCCACGAUUUACACGGUUGGACAUCGCGUUUGUCCCACAUACUCGAUACAAAACCGCGUAUUUCUCGCAGGAGACGCAGUCCACACACAUUCACCGAAGGCCGGGCAAGGCAUGAAUGUCAGUAUGCAAGAUACGUAUAACCUUGGCUGGAAGCUGGCAAGCGUUGUGAAGGGAAUGGCCACCCCGGAGCUACUUCACACCUACGAAAGUGAACGGCGUCCUGUGGGAGAUAGAUUGGUCUCCUUUGACAAACAGAUGUGCCGAGGGAUCUGCACCCCGUCCAAAGUAGACAAAGCUCUCACAUCUCGCGGUGAGGCCAGCCCGCUGAAAUUGUCGCUCAGCGAGGAAAACUCCAGCGCAUCUGGUCUCGGCGUGACAUACGAACCCAGCCUCUUAAUCGCGGGUUCUGAGCAUCGGCAGCCGGUCACCAAGACAGAAUCUACCCAUCCUCUGAGCAAGCCUCACCUCGCGAAGGGUAUCAAAGUUGGCAGUCGAUUCCCGAGUUAUAAAGUCCUUUCCCAGAGUGACUCUCGCCCAUGGCAUCUUCAGCAAAGGCUUCGCAGCACAGGCCAGUGGAACCUAGUCGUCUUCGGGGGCAGUAUUGCGGACGAAGGACAGAGGGAUCGAGUGGAAGGCUUUGCGGCAUCACUUUCACGGCCGGAUUCGUUUUUCACCAAGAUCAACCAGAACAUCCACCAUUCUUUAGUAGGAUCGAUUGCUGCCCAUCUGGUUCAUUCGUCCUGCCACGAGAAGGUAGAACUCAUGGAGCUUCCCGAGAUAUUUCGGCCAUUUCACCCCGAAGGCGGAUAUGAGUAUGAUCACGUAUUUGCGGACGACGCUGGCUAUGGGGAGGGCUGCGGUCAUGCAUAUGAAUCGUAUGGCAUCGCGUCGCAGGGAUGCUUAGUGCUAAUACGCCCUGAUCAGCAUGUUGCUUUUGUUGGCGAUUUGGAGGAUACCGCGGCGUUGGAGGCGUUCUUUGCGCGGUUUUCUGUUCCUUUGAUUAAACAUGCGUGUUAG